GGCUCGGACGCACCUGGCGGCAGGUGGGGCAGGAGGAAGGAGCCAGCGGCGGGGGCUGCUCAGCGGGGCGAUGCUGCGGGAUCGGACUCUCCGGCUGCAGUAUGGGAGCCGCAUGGAGGCGGUGUGUGUGCUGGGCACCCAGAUCUCCGCCGACGUGUUCGGAGCGGCUCCCGCAGGCGCUGUGUCGUUCAGCGUGAAGCACACGGCUGGGGUUCAAGUUGAAGUUAUUACUGAUGAUCAAUCGCAGGUGGCCCCCGCCAAUGGAGGGAAGCAGUGGCCUCUUGACCACAGGACGAUCCUGAAACUCAGCAUGAACAAAGCCAGUACAGAGGCCAAUGACAACAAGGUAACGGUGAACUAUUACGGCGAGAAUGGAGGGCCUCCCAUAGACCAAGCUGGUGUCUUCCUGACAGGCGUUGGGAUCUCUCUGGACGUCGACGCAGAUCGCGAAGGAGUGGUCGAAAAGAACAACCCGAGGAAGGGAACCUGGACAUGGGGCCCAGAUGGGCAAGGAGCCAUCCUGCUGGUGAACUGCGACAAGGACAACCCUUUUAUCUCUGGACUGGAUUGCGACGAUGAAAAAAUCUUCAGCAAAGAAGAUUUGCAGGACAUGUCUCGGAUGAUCUUGAGAACCGAAGGCCCCCAACGACUGCCUGCUGGGUAUGAAAUGGUUCUCUACAUUCCUAUGUCUGACUCUGACAAAGUAGGAGUCUUUUAUGUGGAGAAUCCUUUCUUUGGUCAGCGUUACAUCCAUGUCCUGGGUAGGAGAAAGCUGUAUCAUGUGGUGAAAUACACAGGUGGAUCUGCAGAGCUGGAGUUCUUCGUGGAGGGUCUCCGCUUCCCGGAUGACACCUUCCCUGGGCUGGUCUCCAUCAACAUCAGCCUUCUAGAGUCAUUAACUGAGGGGAUUCCACGGGCUCCGAUUUUCACAGACACGGUCGUUUUCCGAGUUGCUCCGUGGAUAAUGACUCCAAACACCUUGGCACCAGUCAACGUUUUUGUAUGCAGUGUGAAGGAUAAUUAUCUUUUCCUGAAGGAAGUGAAGAGCUUAGUGAGCAAAGCCAAUUGCGACCUGAAGGUCUGCUUUGGGUACAUGAAUCGUGGAGACCGCUGGAUGCAGGAUGAAAUCGAGUUUGGCUACAUACAUGCUCCUCACAAAUGCUUCCCUGUGGUUCUGGACUCUCCCAGAGAUGGGGACCUGAAAAACUUCCCCAUCAAAGAGAUUCUGGGCCCAGACUUUGGCUAUGUGACCAGGGAGCCUCUGUUCGAGGUUGUCACCAGUCUCGACUCCUUCGGCAACCUGGAAGUCAGCCCUCCGGUGACCGUCAACGGGAAGGCGUAUCCCCUGGGGAGGAUCCUCAUUGGAAGCAGCUUCCCCACAUCUGCUGGGAGGAGGAUGACCAAAGUGGUGAGAGACUUCCUCUAUGCUCAGCAAGUCCAGUCACCUGUGGAGCUCUACUCUGACUGGCUGACCGUGGGUCAUGUGGAUGAAUUUGUGACCUUUGUGCCCCUUCCUGACAAAAAGCAAUUCCGGAUGCUUAUGGCCAGCACGUCGGCCUGCUACAAGCUCUUCCGAGAGAAGCAGAAGGAGGGCCAUGGGGAAGCCACCAUGUUCAAAGAUUAUCCUUCUUUUCUCUCCCCCCCCCGCCCCCAGCGCUGCAUUGACUGGAACAGAGACAUCCUCAAGAAAGAGCUGGGGCUGACUGAAAAAGACAUCAUAGACCUCCCGGCGCUCUUCAAGAUAGACAAGAUGGGCAAAGCCAUGGCAUACUUCCCCAACAUGGUGAACAUGAUUGUCCUAUCUCGAGACCUGGGAAUCCCAAAGCCGUUCGGGCCAAUCAUCGAGGGAGAUUGCUGCUUGGAAGCACAUGUCCGUGCUCUGCUGGAGCCACUCGGGCUGAUGUGCAGCUUCAUCGAUGACAUCUCCUCCUACCAUAAGAUGCUGGGAGAGGUCCACUGCGGCACCAAUGUUCAUCGCAAGCCCUUCUCCUUCAAGUGGUGGCAUGUGAUUCCCUAGCCACCGAGCAGGGUGAGAUUCCUGCAGUCGAAGCUCACUUGGACACAGAUUUUUUUGUUGAUUGGUUGGUUGUUUGUUUGAGGUUGGUCAAGUUAAUCGCUAGAACUUUGGUAUGGCGUCUCGGUGCCUUGCUUUGGCAGUUGUGUGUGUGAUGUGUUUCACCCAUUCUGUGGGAAGGUCCUCCAGCCACACGCCAUUCUAGUUUGCAUGCCGCAGGUCCCAGCCCAUUCCAUCCUUGGUUUCUUCAAGACCUUGGAGGUUGUGGCAGCUGGAGGUUCAACUGAUCAGGGGCAUUAUACCAAAAAAAUAUUUACAGAAACAAUGGUAGCAAAAGCCAUCUUCUGCUGAGUUCUGAUGGAAAUGAUUUGUAAUCAUGAUAAUAAAAUGGAGAAAAUGUGGAAA